AUGGCGUCUCUAAAAUCCUGGGUUACCAUUCCACCUCGCUCUCCCUUUAGCUUGGCUAAUAUCCCGUUCGGCAUCAUCUCAACAGAGAGUAAUUCGACACCCCGACCUGCAGUGGCCAUUGGAGAGUCUGUACUAGAUCUUUCAGCAUUUUCGCUUGGUGGAGGCUUCUCCAAGCUCAGCCAGAUAGCGCCCCAUCUGAAGGUCUUCGAUUCUCCAACACUGAACGAGUUCGCUGCGUUAGGCAGGACAACACAUGGUGAUGUGCGAAAAUAUCUCCAGUCUGUCUUUGCGGAGGAUGGACCGCUCUCGGAUAUCCUAAAAGAUAACAAGUCCCUCCAAGAGAAGGCCUUGAUCUCCAUUUCUACGGCGCGCAACCACUUACCGCUAUCAAUCGGCGAUUACACAGACUUUUUUGCCGGACGAAACCAUGCUCACAACGUGGGCACCUUGUUUCGUGGACCGCAAAAUGCGCUAAACCCCAAUUACCAUCACGUACCAGUAGCAUACCAUGGACGUGCCAGCUCUGUGGUCGUGUCUGGCACUCCUCUCACACGGCCACGGGGACAGAUCAUCCUGGACCCUACAGCCGAACCUAAGGUGCCAACAUUUAGCCCUUGCAGACGUCUCGACAUCGAGCUGGAGCUCGGCAUGUUCAUCUCACGCAGCAACAAGCUGGGCAAGCCAGUACGCGUCGACGAAGCACCAGAGUACAUCUUCGGCUACGUGCUCAUGAAUGACUGGAGUGCUCGAGACGUGCAGAUGUGGGAGUAUGUGCCGCUUGGUCCAUUCAAUGCGAAGAACUUUGGCACAUCCAUCAGUCCAUGGGUGGUGCUAGCGGACACGCUCGAACCGUUCCGUGCAAAGGGACUGGACAAUCCAGUUGAGCUGCAGAGCUAUUUGAAACAAGGUCGACGGGACUUUGCUCUGGACAUCAAUCUGGAAGUUACGCUGAGGACGACCCAAGGAAAUGAGACCAGAAUUUCUCACACGACAUCGAAGAAUCUGCUCUGGUCUUGGGAACAGAUGAUCGCCCAUCACUCUGUUACCGGGUGCAAUCUUCGCACUGGAGAUCUAUUUGGCUCUGGUACCAUUUCUGGAGAUGGAUCGGGUACUUAUGGUAGUAUUCUUGAACAGACACAAGGCGGAAAACACCCGGUCAAGCUGGAUAAUGGAGAAGAGCGAAAGUUCUUGCAAGAUGGUGAUAGUAUUAUAAUAACAGGUGUGGCGGGCGAAGUCGAGGGAGGACUUGUUGGAUUUGGAGAGUGCACAGGACAAAUAUUGCCAGCUGUUGAGGAGAGCUACUGGCAGUGA